AUGGUUGAGUGGACAGAUGAAGAGCGCGCAGCCAUCUCCGACAUCUUCUCCAAGCUAGACUAUGACGAAGUUGGCCAAAAGUGCCUGUCAAGGUAAGACAAUAAGCUUAGCUUUAAUUUAAUUUGGAGUGUUAGUCCCCUUAAUCUUCAUCAUCUUCAUCAUUUUAUGUUGAUGUUCAGCCUCACAUUGUUCUCUCCGCUCCCCUCAGGUGUCUGAUCGUGUACCCCUGGACCCAGAGGUACUUCGGGGCCUUCGGCAACCUGUACAACGCAGAGGCCAUCAUGAACAACCCUCUGAUCGCUAAGCACGGCACCACGGUGUUGCGCGGUCUGGAGAGAGCUCUGAAUAACAUGGACGACAUAAAGAACACCUACGCGGAGCUGAGCGUUCUGCACUCCGAGAAACUGCACGUGGAUCCCGACAACUUCAAGGUAAAAUACAAAAGAACAUUGAAGUGUAACUUUUUUUUUGUGCGUGCAAGGUAUACAAUACUUUGUAAUUACACCACUCGAUCAAGCUACCACCAAAGACAUUCUAAACGUCUCACUUCUGUUUUGGUUUGUUCACUUUUACAGCUGCUGUCUGACUGUCUGACCAUCGUCAUCGCCGCUAAGAUGGGCACCACCUUCACCCCCGAGUAUCAGGCAUCCUUCCAGAAGUUCUUGUCUGUGGUGGUUUCUGCUCUGGGCAAGCAGUACCACUAGAGUCAGUCCUCCAUACCUGACAGAGGAGACGUGUUUCACUCCUCAAUGAAAAAAUAAAAGAAGUAUAGAAGCAUCUGUUUGUUAAUUAUGUUUGUUUAUUUUAUGCGUGCGUAAUUGUGUCCAUAUAUAUAUAUAUAUAUAUAUAUAUAUAUAGGCCUAGACGAAUUGCACUUUAAGCAUGGCUAAUAUAAUAAGACAACUUUAAAGGUUUCAAUGGUUAUUUCAUAUUUACACAUUAUAAAUAAUACAUUAGCCAACAUGAACAAGUUGGUGAAUGGAUGCACAUUGUCUAAAAGCCUACAGAGUUGACCCGGCUGAAUUGUAUACUGUUGCUGGCUGUAAAACACGUGACACACAUUCAUAUGACUAUUAACACAUAAAAGGUACAAAAACAAAACUAUGAAGUGACCACUGUGGGUCAUAAAACGAACAUCAAAGCAUCAUGGAUGGAAUGCGCAAUUUCAUUAUUUUUUUAAAAAGUAAAAUAAAUAUCAUUAUUGUCCUUUGAGUAUUUCACAGUUAAUAUGCAUUUGUCAAAAUUAUUGACCUUAUAUUGACACGAGUUUACUGUAGCUGUUGUCCUAUUGAUAUCCAAAUAUAAAACAUAAUUCCAGAAAUGUUGAAUCUCCUGCUAAGAUUGUUUUCCGUUUUGUCCCCUGUAGCUCAGUUGGUUGAGCAUGGCCCUUGCAACGCCAGGGUUGUGGGUUCGUUUCCCACGGGCUGCCAGUAUGAAAAAUGUAUGCACUCACUAACUGUAAGUCGCUCUGGAUAAGAGCGUCUGCUAAAUGACUAAAAAGUAAAUGUUUGAUACAAUUGACCUCCACUUGUACAUUUAGCAAAAGCUAGUUUGUUUGGUGCAGGAAACUGCACCAUAUUCAUAAUGUGUUGUUGUUGACAUAGUGGUCCCAUUUUUUUUUAUUAUAAGGGGAUGAGAUUCAAGUUUCCUAUACCAGAACCCUACAUGAGCUAUAUCAUUACAGUAGCCUAUAUGACAUGAACCACAGCAACCUAGUCCAUGCAGGCCCCUGCAGCAGCUGGCCUCUCCAGCUACGAUCCUACAUGGGGUUUUAGAAUAUAAAAAUGGCAACACCUAGUGUUAUCUUUAACCACAUACAGUAGGCCAACACAUUAUCUGAGAAAAUCUAUGAGUAAAAGGCAUAUCUAUGCCUUUACAUUUAUUUAAUGAAAGCGUCCUAAUAGCAUGUAUAACCAUAGGUCUCUCCAGUGUGUCUAUACUCUUCCCUAUUAGAUGAUUCCUCAUCAUCCCCCAGGAUGCUGUAGGAGAAGCCAUAUAUUUGCUGCCACAUACAUAACACCUUCAUGAAGAAAGUGACAUAACAUUUCCUCGAUAUCGCGAUAUCAGGUUCUUCAUUCUAGAAAUCAUUGUAUUCGUUGAGAACCUAUCGAAUGUUGGUUGUCAUUCUGUCGUUCCCGCAUCUACUAAUAUCAAGUCACAACUCCGCUGUUAGCAACUCAAUCAAUUAUAAAACGGUCACUCUUCCAUUUCCUUAAUUGCACAGUUUUAGAAAGUAGAAAUUGGUGCAAAGUAGCAUUUAUUUUCAUAAGAACAGCCCAGUGUAAUACAUACGUCAUUGUCAAAUUUCAAGCAGUAAGUCUUCAUCAUCGUUGAGUAAGAUAUACAGUGGGGAAAAAAAGUAUUUAGUCAGCCACCAAUUGUGCAAGUUCUCCCACUUAAAAAGAUGAGAGAGGCCUGUUAUUUUCAUCAUAGGUACACGUCAACUAUGACAGACAAAAUUAGAAAAAGAAAUACAGAAAAUCAUAUUGUAGGAUUUGUAAUGAAUUUAUUUGCAAAUUAUGGUGGAAAAUAAGUAUUUGGUCAAUAACAUAAGUUUCUCAAUACUUUGUUAUAUACCCUUUGUUGGCAAUGACACAGGUCAAACGUUUUCUGUAAGUCUUCACAAGGUUUUCACACACUGUUGCUGGUAUUUUGGCCCAUUCCUCCAUGCAUAUCUCCGCUAGAGCAGUGAUGUUUUGGGGAUGUCGCUGAGCAACACAGACUUUCAACUCCCUCCAAAGAUUUUCUAUGGGGUUGAGAUCUGGAGACUGGCUAGGCAACUCCAGGACCUUGAAAUGCUUCUUACGAAGCAACUCCUUCGUUGCCCAGGCGGUGUGUUUGGGAUCAUUGUCAUGCUGAAAGACCCAGCCACGUGUCAUCUUCAAUGCCCUUGCUGAUGGAAGGAGAAUUUCACUCAAAAUCUCACGAUACAUGGCCCCAUUCAUUCUUUCCUUGCUCUUUGGUCUUGGCCAUAGUGGAGUUUGGAGUGUGACUGUUUGAGGUUGUGGACAGGUGUCUUUUAUACUGAUAACAAGUUCAAACAGGUGCCAUUAAUACAGGUAACGAGUGGAGGACAGAGGAGCCUCUUAAAGAAGAAGUUACAGGUCUGUGAGAGCCAGAAAUCUUGCUUGUUUGUAGGUGACCAAAUACUUAUUUUCCACCAUAAUUUGCAAAUAAAUUCAUUAAAAAUCCUACAAUGUGAUUUUCUGGAUUUUUUUUCCUCAAUUUGUCUGUCAUAGUUGACGUGUACCUAUGAUGAAAAUUACAGGCCUCUCUCAUCUUUUUAAGUGGGAGAACUUGCACAAUUGGUGGCUGACUAAAUACCCUUUUCCCCCACUGUAUUAUUGCAUUAUAUAUCAAGAAAAUAUCAUAUCUGUUUCAUAGUAAGAUAUCAAAGUCCCUCUUUUCAAUUAGAAACAUUUUCAGAGAAGUGUUUCUAACCUAUAUUUAACUCUAAUAGAUAUGGCGGCCACGCCUAGCAAUGAACUUGGUUCCUAGAAGUCUACGUCAAACGCAAAUAGAUUUGCUGUGCUACCGUAUAUAGCCAAAAGUGAUAAGAUAAGACAACACCCUAAAAAACUGAGGCUCCAUCUCACUCAUCAGCAUCGUCUCCUCAUAGCAAGGGCGAAAUUGUGGUGUAGAUAUUGUGGGGUGAACAGUAAAACGCAUUUCCUGCAAUUCAACACAGUUUGACAUCACUUACAAUGCCUCUUAUUAUGCCACCCGCCUGCAAUUCUACACAUUUUGCAAUGAGGCAGAGAGAAAAAUGUGCUUUUUUAUAGCUCAUUCUCAUGCUAUUCUUCACAUUUGUAAAGAGGAUGAGAGAACAUUUUGCAGUUUUAAAGCAAAGUUCCUGCAAUUUUACACAUUUUGCAAUGGGGCAGAGAAAUUGUUUUGCCAUUUUUAAGUUCAUAUUCUGUUAACUCAUACCGAAAUAAUGUUGUUGCCUCAUCCUCGUACUUGUGGGGGGUUGGGGUACGACGACUACGAUGACGACACUUGAAAAACCCCACUUCAAACUUUUAUAUCAAACAGACCAUUUAAAAAAUGCUUGCUAUUUCCUCAUAGAGGAUGAUGUCAUCCUACUGAGAAGUAUAAGCUGGCCAAUCAGCGGUCUACUCACAUGAAUAUUUAAUGACCGUAUACACCCACAUCAUUCUGUUGUUAGUUUUUUGCCCACACCAUUCCAACACAGAACAGCUGAAUUUUAGCAUACUUAAUUACCCUAUUUUGGAAAACAAUUUCACUCAUAUUGUAAUUAAUUACAGGUAAUAUUUCUUAGAAAUCUGGAAAUACUGGACAGUUACUUUAAAGGUCAACUUUGGGCAAAAUAAAAUAAAUAAAUAACGGCUUUAAUUAAACUGUAUAACUGAUCAAUGCACCAUCUUACCAGGUCAUUUAAUGCUUUAAAAAAUGUUUUUUUGAUUAAUAAGAUAUUUGGCUAUAGAAGUGCCAAUUCUUACCGAUUUCUACAGCUUCCUUACAAAAACAAAUUAUGUGAAAUGACAUCAACACAUACUGGAGGAGUUACUGGCUAGCUACAGUGGCUAGCUUAGCUAACCAGCUAGCUACGUCAGUCGUGGCGCCCAUGACCAGAAUGACACAUCGAUGAACCAUCACAGGCACACCCCAUUUCUGUUUGAAAAUUGAGAAAGAGGAGGAGUUGGAAGGUUUUUUGUGCCCAAAGUCAACCAUUAAAGCUAAUUUCCAGGAAUUCUACACAUUUUGCCAUUACUUAUGUGUUCACAUCGCAAUCGACAUGUCCCCCUAUCCCCCAUGGCAAUUUCGCCAAUGCCUCAUAGCCAAUAGAAAACGAGUAGAGGUGGGGUUUGGUGACAUGUCUUGAACCAUAAAAGAGGUGUCAGUCCCUACACCCAAACGAGGGCACUGCGUUCAUCCACCUCUGGCCUGCUGGCUCCCCUACCUCUGCGGGGAAAAAAAGAAAAAAAAAGAAAAGAAAAACGAUUAAAAACAAAACGAAAAAACAUUAAAAUUAUAAAUACAAACAAAAAAAAUAUCAAAAAUAAAAGACUAAACCAAAAAAAAAAAAACAUUGUAAAGUGGUUAUCCCACUGGCUAUAAGGUGAAUGCACCUAUUUGUAAGUCGCUCUGGAUAAGAGCGUCUGCUAAAUGACGUAAAUGUAAAUGUAAAGGUGUCAGGGUCCGUCUAAAUUCAGACCCUUCUAAAGCUUAAUUUACCCUCUGAAUAGCUUGUGUGGUACAACAGAGCCUUUAGUCAAAAUGAGCCUGUCAGCUAAGGAAAAAGUCAUCGUCAAGGACUUCUUUGAGAAGGUCUCCAGCAGGUCCGAAGAGAUCGGCGCCGAGGCUCUCGCUAGGUAAAGAUGGAAGACACUUUAUCAUCAGUUAGGCUACAACGAGGUCUGGUCUAUCUAAGCUAAUUGGAUUUAUGGAAAUUGUAUUAGACAUUAUUGUGUUAAACAACUCUAAUUGAAAACGAUCUAACAGGCCUAUAUACAUUUCAAAAAAUACAAAACAGUUCCUGAAAUGUACUGCAUAAUUGAGGAAUAAAUGCAUCACUUAUCAGAUACAGAAUGUUAUUGAUACUGAGUAAUUUAUAUGCUCGACAGAGCAAUUACCACUAACCAAUCAUUUCUCUCGUUUCUCCAUUCAGGCUGAUCGUGGUGUACCCCCAGACCAAGUCCUACUUCGACCACUAG